AUGGCGUCCUCCCCGGCGUGCCACCUCCGCCGCCCGCCUCGCCUCCGCCUCCUCCUCCCGCUCUCCACCUCCGCCCCGUACCCGUGGCUCUCCGCCUGGUCGCACCCGCGCCAGCGCAGCCGCCUCCCGCGCGCCGCCGCCCUUCGCGCUCGACCUCCGCCCGGAGCCCCGCCGUCGUCCGACUCCGACGACUCCGACGCCAUCGGCACCAGCCGCGCCUCCGGUCGCUCCACCAUGGCCCUCAUCCUCAGCCGCCUCCGCCGCGCUGGCUACUCCCCGCCGAGGACCCCCGCGCCGCCGCCUCCCCGCACCCGCACCACCCGCCGCGGGGGUCGGUCGAGGACGUGUUCCACGCCGACGACGGCGUGCUCCCCAACGCGCGCGGCGGGUUCGACGCCGCCGACGAGGAGGAGCGCGCGCUCGGGGACGCUCGCUUCCCGUGGAGCGCCCCAUGCCGCCGCCGCCCGAGGCCGCGGCGCCGCGGGCCACGCGCUCGCCGGCGUGGAUGGCGGAGUUGACGCUCCCGCUGCGGAGCUCAGGCGGCUGCGGCACGCCGCCAUCAGGAUCAAGUCCAGGACCAAGGUCGGCGGGGCCGGGGUCACGCGUGAGAUCGUGGAGAAGAUUAAGGAGAAAUGGAAGACGGAGGAGGUGGUCAGGGUCAAGGUCUCCAGCACGCCGGCGCUCAAUAUGCGCCUCUUCCACGAGAUACUCGAGUCUCUUUCUAUGAAGUCCCCAAUUAAAGGGUCUCCAAAUCCUUCCUUGCUACCAACUGAGAAAGUGAACAGUGUACAAGAUAGCAAUGGACCUUUAGUUUCUAAUGCUGGGAAAGAGGAAAUAGUUGUGCAAGCACCAGAAAUCAAGUAUGAAGAUGAAAUUGACAAACUAUUGGAUGAACUUGGCCCAAGAUACACUGACUGGCCUGGAUCUGACCCGUUGCCAGUAGAUGCAGAUUUACUUCCUGCAACCGUGCCAGGUUACAAGCCCCUUUCAGAGUUUUGCCAUUUGGUGUCCGGCCAUCUCUUAGCCGAAUGGACACUACCAAUUUACGCCGUCUUGCCGGGGACUGCCUCCUCACUUUGCUCUUGCAGACAACUCCAAGGCUUAGCUAAUGCUAUGGUAAAGUUGUGGGAGAAAAGUUCUAUUGCUAAAGUUGCUUUGAAGAGAGGAGUACAGCUUACCACCAGUGAGAGGAUGGCUGAAGAUAUUAAAAAAUUAACAGGUGGCGUGAUGCUUUCAAGGAACAAUGAAUUUAUAGUCUUCUACAGAGGGAAGGAUUUCCUGUCCUCAGAACUUGCAGAGGUGCUGCUAGAGAGGGAAAGAUUAGCAAAGUCAUUUCAAGAUGAAGAGGAAGCACGGCGAAAGGCAGCGUCUUAUUUUUCUUCAAGUGCUGAGACAUAUGUACAGCCUACUGUAGCUGGUACUCUAGGAGAGACUCUGGAGGCUAACUCUAAAUAUGGAACUAAACUUGAUGAGAAUCAUGAGGACAAAAUGGCAAGAACUGUUGAAGCUGCAAGGCAUGCUGACCUCGUAAGAAAGCUAGAGUGGAAGCUCUCACUUGCACAGAAAAAGAUGGAGAAAGCUGAAAGGGUACUAGGAAAGGUUGAGACAGCCCUGAGGCCAACUGAAGAUUCAGACCUGAAACAAUAA